ACGAAACAGCCUGAUUUUCUGGUAGCUAUAUUGUUUGAGAAUUAGUACAGAAUACAUACACCAACAUUAAAGCUAAUGUUUCACCUCUGCGCCUUACGUUGGUGGUUUAUAUUAAAAAUAUCCUCCUUACGUUAGUAGAGUUCGAUUACUCGGCGAUCUGCGAGCCAACCUGCGGAGUUAGCCUGGUUAGCCGUUAGCUGGAUGCGCAGCAGUAGAGUGCCGUCUGUCAGCUACCUAACCAUCGGACCAAUGUCUCAAAGAUCAACCUGGGUUUGUUUUACCUCGUUGGAGACGAACGUUUGCCGCUAAUCUUAACGGAGCCUGUCCAGCAGAGUGACCCGGAGACGCGGAUGUUUCUGUCUGACGGUUUAUUGUUUAGCGGCUAACCGAAGCUAGCCUGUUAGCAGCUAACCCGUUAGCAGCGGCUGUGAAGCCUGGCCUCUGCAUGGCGACAACAGACUGACGGCAACAGGAGAGAGCAGCCAAUCAGCUGAGGCCCGCCCCGUAGCAACAUGGCGUCCCGUCAGAGGAACUCGGUCCGGAUCCUGUCGAGCCGGGAGCGGGGAUCCCAGACAUUCGGCUCGCAGCGGCUCCUGCAGCUGCUGGUGGAGGAGAAGGUCCGCUGGAUGAAAUGGCAGAGUCAGAAAGUGGAGCUUCCAGACAGCCCUCGAUCAACGUUCCUGCUGGCUUUCAGCCCGGACAGGUCUUUAAUGGCCUCCACACACGUCAACCACAACAUCUAUAUAACGGAGGUGAAGACUGGAAAGUGCCUCCAUUCCUUAGUAGGCCAUCGAAGAACCCCUUGGUGUGUGACCUUUCACCCCACCAUUCCUGGCUUGGUGGCCUCCGGGUGCCUUGAUGGGGAAGUCCGCAUUUGGGACCUGCAUGGCGGCAGUGAGAGCUGGUUUACGGAGAGCAACGUGGCCAUCGCCUCUCUGGCCUUCCACCCGACCGCCCAGCUCCUCCUGAUCGCCACCAACAACGAGCUUCACUUCUGGGACUGGAGCCGCCCGGAGCCCUUCGCCGUGGUCAAGACGGGAAGCGACACGGAACGAGUGAGGUUGGUGAGAUUUGAUCCUCUGGGUCACAACCUGCUCACGGCGAUUGUGAAUCCGUCCAAUCAGCAGAAUGAGGAAGACUCUGAGGUCCCGAUGGACAGCGUGGAGAUGCCUCACUUCCGCCAGCGCUCCUUCCUGCCUUCCCAGCCGGUUCGCCGGACGCCAAUCCUCCACAACUUCCUGCACAUCUUGUCGUCUUCUCGCUCCCCGGGACCCAACGUCGGAGCCGAGCAGCAGCCGCCACCUCCACCGCCGCCGCGGUCCAUAAGCGACGGUGGCAACGGAGUCACAGAAUCGCCCGGCGGUCCCGGCGGUCCCGGCGGCCCCUCGCUCCCCGGCUGCACCCAGCACCUGGGCAUGGUGUGCGUUUGCACCCGCUGCUCCGUCAGCCGGAAGCGCUGCCUGCCCACCGGCGCCUCCACAACGACUCCGUCGGUGUCCACGGAGACGCCAACGCUCUCCACGGCCUCCACCUUUUCUUCGGCCCGCACGGAGCCGCGGCAACCCACAGAGCGGCCCUCCGCCUUCACCUCCGUCUAUUACAGCGCCGGCGCCUCCCUGAACCCCAUCAUGCCGAACAUCAUGGAGCCGCUGGGGUCGGCGCGGCCCGGCCCGGACUGGACCCGCAGCCUGCUGAACAUGCGGGACAGUGCGGCAGGCCCCACCAUGCUUCCUCCCAGGACCUCCUCUUCUUCCUCAGUCAGCCUGCUGUCGGUGCUCCGCCAGCAGGAUGGCUCGUCCCAGUCGCCGCUCUACACCUCCGCCUCUGAGGGGCGGGGCUUUGCCCAGCAGGGGGAGCCGGGGAGCCGGGACGGCGCCGGGACGAGCAGCGGCCACCACCCGUUCUGGGACGGGGGCCGCGGCUCCUCGGCCUCCUUCCGGAACGUUCUGCAGUGCAACCUGAGCCGCUACUUCCUGGAGAUCGACCGCAUCGACAUAGACCCGUCACUGGGCGGCAGCAUCGUCGAUGGCAACCAGGAGCCGAGCCAAGAGCUGCUUAACAACAACAUGGACCCGGACAGGCCGGCCCAGUCCUCCUCUUCCUCGCCGACCAUCAUCCACUACCAGCCGCCAGCGCCACCGCCUGCCGCCCACAGCCUGGAGAACAACGUGCCGCCGCCACCGGCGACCUCCAGGGGUCAUCACCUGAACCGCUGCCGGGCCUGCCACAACCUACUCACCUUCAACCAGGACUCCCAGCGCUGGGAGCGCACGCACCAGACCUCCUCCACUACCUCCUCCUCUACCUCGCUGGAUCCUCCCUCCUCUUCCUCCUCCUUCCCCUCGCCUGCCGCCGCCUGGCAGCCUGAGGAGAGCAGGAGGUCGCUGGAGACCCAGGAGAGGGAGAGGAGGGCAGCCCCAGAGACAAGCGAGCAGCCGCCUCUUCCUCCAGGUGGAGGAGGAGCGGUGGCGUUCCCGCUGGCGCCGCCGCCCAGCCAGGCCGCCGAACAGACAGUGGGCCUGGUCUACAACCAGGACACGGCGCAGUGGGAGAGGGUGUACCGGCAGGCCACCGCCAGCCGGGCCGUUGAGCCGGCAGAGGCCUUAAGCCAAGAAAUGCCUGUUGACCCUCCGGAUGAGGAUUCCCUGAGGAGGCGGCUGCUGGAGUCAUCCCUGCUGUCGUUGUCUCGAUACGACAUGUCCGGGUCCAGAGACCAUCCCAUCUACCCAGACCCGGCCAGGCUUUCUCCUGCAGCCUACUACGCUCAGAGGAUGAUCCAGUAUCUGUCCCGGAGGGACAGCAUCCGCCAGCGUUCCCUUCGGUACCAGCAGAACCACCGCAUGCGGACCAUGUCCACAUCCUCCGACAGCCCCACCCCCAACCCGUCCAGCGCCAUGGACAACAGCGACGUCGACUUCGAGGAGCUGGAUGAUAACGGAGACAGAGCGAGACACAGGACACCACGGAAUGCCAGGAUGUCUGCUCCGUCGCUGGGGCGAUUUGUCCCACGCCGCUUCCUCCUGCCGGAGUACCUGCCGUACGCCGGGAUCUUCCAUGAACGAGGACAGCCGGGUCUGGCUACACACUCGUCUGUCAACAGAGUUCUCGCUGGAGCCUCUAUUGGCGAAGGUCAGUCUGCGGUCGCCAGCAACAUCGCCAACACGACGUACCGCCUGCAGUGGUGGGACUUCACCAAGUUUGACCUCCCAGAGAUCAGUAACGCCUCGGUCAACGUUCUGGUGCCAAACUGUAAAAUCUACAACGACGCCAGCUGCGACAUUUCCGCAGACGGUCAGCUGCUGGCGGUUUUCAUUCCCAGCAGUCAGCGGGGUUUUCCUGACGAGGGCAUUUUGGCCAUCUACUCUCUGGCGCCGCACAACCUGGGAGAAAUGCUCUACACCAAGAGAUUUGGUCCCAACGCCAUCUCCGUCAGCCUGUCCCCCAUGGGAUGCUACGUCAUGGUGGGCCUGGCGUCCCGCAGAAUCCUGCUGCAUCCCUCCACCGACCACAUGGUGGCGCAGGUGUUCCGCCUGCAGCAGCCGCACGGUGGAGAGACAUCCAUGAGGAUGGUCUUUAACGUGGUUUACCCCAUGGCUCCGGACCAGAGGCGCCACGUCAGCAUCAACUCGGCCCGGUGGCUGCCGGACCCGGCCAUGGGUCUGGCCUACGGCACCAACAAGGGAGACCUCGUGAUCUGCCGGCCCGUGUUCUACAGAAGCGACGGUGAGAGUCCCGCCGAGCCCAGCAGCGAACCGCUGUUCUCCGUCAACAACAGCGGAACCGGCCGGACCCGAGGUUUUGACAGACCAGGACCAAACCGCUCCGGCUGGAGGCUCGACAGAGACAUGGGACUGAUGAACGCCAUCGGUCUGCAGCCCAGAAACCCCGCCCCCUCAGUGACAUCACAGGGAACGCAGACGCCGAUCGUCCAGCUGCAGAACGCCGAGACGCAGACGGAGAGAGAGCUGUCGGAGCCCGGCGCGUCCCAGCAGCCCCCCAGCGCUGAAGCUCCAUCUACGAGUCGAGCCGCUCAGGUUCCUCCAGAGACGCCCGGGAGCAGCGCCGUCCAAGAUGGAGUCCGGACUGAAGCGUCCGCCGAGUCGGGCGGUCCGGCAGCCGGUCCAGCCGAAUCCGCCGAGUUUGGUUCCGGAGAGGACGCCCUGGCUCGGAUCCGGCGGCUGAUCGCGGAGGGCGGCAUGACGGCGGUGGUGCAGCGGGAGCAGAGCACCACCAUGGCGUCCAUGGGCGGCUUCGGCAACAACAUUAUCGUCAGCCACCGCAUCCACCGGGGCUCCCAGACGGGCCCCGGGGCCUCCAGGGCCCCUGCCGACCCGCCCCUCCUCGUCCCCCAGCCCUUCCCGCUCCGCCCCCUGCCGGCCGCCGACCGCCUCUCCCCCAUGUGGGGCCCCCAGGUCCUCCGGGGCCCCGCGCCAUCAGGGCUCUCUGUGGCAGUGGACAUGGACGACGUCUUCGACGGCGGACGGAACGACGAUGACGACUCGCUGCCCGGACCUUCUGCCUCCUCCCUGCUGCUGUCCUCCCCUUCUUCCUCCUCCUCAUCCUCUCACAGCCCGUUGUCCGGCAACGGAGGCAGGCCCAACAGUUACCCUGGCGACCCGUACAGCAGGUAGUGCUCUGAUUGGCCGAGAGGAGAAGAGUCCGGAGUGCUGCUCAAAGCCUUAACUCUCUCAGAAACAGGUGCUGCUUUGACACUGAAGGCCCCUUCCUCACCCUGCCUCACUCCUCUUCCUCACCCGUCACUAGUUUCCCUCCGCACUUUUCAACCCAGGCUGAAGCCGAGCUGAACUGCGAUCAUUCCUCCCCGAAUUCUCCGCUUCGAAGUGCCAUCUCUGAGGGGGUGAUGAAGAGGAGGAGGAAGAGGAGGCCACUCACCUUCCUCACAGAUUGUCCGCCGCACUCGGCGCCGUGUGAUGUAGAGGCUUAAAGCAGAGACUGAAGUGUCCAGCGCCGAGUUUUUGUUGUGCGAGACUUUUUGGUUUGGGGGACGCCGUCCUGUGAGAGGACAGUGGGGGUGGGGAGGUGGGCGGGGUCAAAGGUUAUAGGUGGACAGUCCUGACUGCAGACUGAUUGGACAGAUGAGACUGAAUCUGCUGCGGAUCAUGAAAAAAAACAACUUGUUUUUUGUUUUUAAAAGAAGGAGAGCGACCGUUUUCCCGCCGAUAGGGGAAACCACAGGACUGUUCAAGCCCCGCCCCCCAUCCUUCUUAAAACCCAGUUGCACUACGGUGUGUUUUGGUGCUACAUGAGCCUGAACAGAAGUGUGUGUGUGCGUGUGUGUGGUUUUAAUGAAUGACUUUUGAUUUCAUCCAUCAUGUCUGUUUGUCCACGGUUCUGUUCCAGAAUCCGGUCCGUCAUCCAGACCUCCAGGAGUUCUGGAAAACUUUGGAUCAGCGAAACCGAGUCAAAAUCUGCGGUGGGAUAUCAAAGCCAGGCUAAUAAAAAAAAUGUUAAUAAAAUUACAAGAAUAAAGUUGUAACAUUAUGAGAAUAAAGCUGCAGUGUAAUAACUUUAUUCUCGUAGGACCAGACUAGGUGAAAAAACAGAAACAAGUCCUUACGCGAAAAGUCGCAAUAUUGUGAGAAAAAGUUGUAAUAUUACUGAAAGUUGUAGAAGAAUAAAGCCGUAAUAUUAUAAUUAACUCAGAAUAUUAUAAUUUACUAUGUGCAUUACUAUAACUUAUUGUAAUAUUUUGGUUAAAUUCUCGCCCUACUACAACUUUAGUUGUCGUUGUAGCGCGACUUUGGAGAACAGUCAUCAUAUUACAAUAGCUUAUUCUCGCGUUUUGACUUUAUUCUCGCUUUACAACAGCUUGAUUCUCGUAAUAUUGCAAUUUUAUUCUCGCAUUACUACGACUUUAUUCUCGCGAUACUUUGAAUUUAUUCUUGUAAUAUUAUAAACUUUUUCUCACGUUCCAGGAUUAGUUUCAGAAUUGAAAUUUUUUUUCUUAUCCUGGACCUGAAACUACGUCAUAAAUCUCAUCCAGAAUCCUAGCAGAACUUCAUCAGGAACAGAACAGCAGACCCAGUCCAGGAAGGUCUGUAUGAGGAGCAGAAAUGGACCAGAACUACCUAUCGGAUCCGGGUCGGAAACUCGACUUCUGUCUACUUUUCCAGAAUGACUCCUAACAAAUCCUGUGUCUGCUGGAACUGGGUUCUGGUUCCGUACCGGGUUUGUUUUUGAGUCAGAAUGUUCAAAGGCCCAAUCAGGUUUCGUUUUCCGCCCUCUGAGCGCCGGCCAAUCAAAUCAUGGACCGACUUUGUUCCUGAUCAUGUGACUGAUCCGGUUGUUUCUGCAAAGCAGCGCUGAGUUCUCCUCCUCAGCAUCCGGUUCCGACCCAAUCAGAACUCUAUUGCAGGAAAUCUCUCUACGAAGGCAUCUUCCAGCGGUUCUGAUGGACUUUGCACUUAAACAGGAUUACGACCAGAACUUCUGAAUUGAUCCCACGGAGCCCGCCGGUGUCAUCAGUGUGUUCAAACUCUGAACCUGGUCUGAUGAAGUUCUGUUUCUGGUUCCGGUUCUAGUCGGAUCGGAGUACCAAGCGAAGCUCUUAAGCGUUUACCAGCUGAUCUGGAGUCAGAUUCAACACAAGAAACUGGAGAAGUGCCCUCAAAGCAUCAUGGGAUUCGGAGUUCUGUUCAGUAAAAUUAAAGCAACUUGAUGCCUCCAGACCUUCAUCUCCUCCUCUUCCUCCUCUGCUGUCUGUGGAUUCAUGUGACAUUUGGUACCGAUCGCCGUGAUAGUUGCAUAUCUGUUACCAUGGCAACAGCAAAACCUCCUGAGCUGACUUGAUUGGUGAAUGCUUUAGACCCAGUUUCUCUGUGACGUGUGUGUGUGCGUGUGUGUUUGUUCAGGUUGCGGAGGGAUGAGUGUAAACGCUGAACGGUACUGCUGUGUCAGGAUCCCACUGUGGAGUUCGGACGGCUCCGACCCGACUCUUUGACUUUUAGACGUGAUGUAAUUAAAGAGCUUUGAGAGUUUC